UGUUGUUGAGUGGACGAGUACGAGGAAUAGCGAGAGACGAGAGCCCUCGAACUCGACAGAGACACUGUACUCGUCGAAAAUUGAUGGUAUCGAAGUUUCAAAUUUGUAUUGUAGAAGGAAUCAUUGUCGUUUUGUAAAAAGUUUGGAGGAUUUCAAAGCACGAGAACUAAACAUGAGGAUGGUCCGAGAGAUUGUACAAAGAAAAAGAGACUAAAAAGACUUUGGGAACACGGUGGAAAAAAGCAGAUCUUCGUAUCGUUUCGCUUAUUGUCAUCGGUGCCUAUCAUGCAUAGUUCGCACCACACAUGAACAAAUAUAGCUCGAUGA